AUGUCUGAAGAAGAAGAACUACUAAGGCUUCAAGAGGAAUUCUUUGCCAAACAAACAAGACCAGCUGCGACUGUCCGUGGCCAAAGAUUUGAGUUAAAUCUUGAAGAAAAUGCCAUGGAACAUGAACCAAUAAGCAAAAAGGUUUUGGAUUUACGCUCCCAUACAAAUGGAAUUGUUCGCGGUGUUACUGAAAAUAUUUCAAAUGGGCCGGUAACAGCUCCGUCGUUUUCUAACGUUUCUGCUCCUAGUGAUGGGUUUCCGCAACCAACUCAUAGGAGUCAUCGAAGUCUAUUCAGGCAAAAAAAACGUCAAGCAUUUGGUAGUGAGAAAACUUUAGAUCUCCAAGAUCCAAGUCCUAAGGCAUUUAAAAGUGAGAAAACUUUAGAUCUCCAAAAUCCAAGUCCUAAAACAUUCGAAAGUGAGGAUUCAAUCUUACUUGAAAUGAAGAAAAAGUUCUACCCUGAUACACCCAUAGA